GACCGGCUGAUUUAUUUCACAAAUUUACAAUGGAAACUAGCCAUUAAUAAAAUUUGACACUUUCAAAACAACAAUAAAACUGUUGUUAUUAUGUAUUUAUUGUAAUGUCAAAAAUGUUGAAGCCAAAAGCACUAACGCAAGUUCUCAGUCAAGCAAAUACUGGAGGUGUUGAAAAUACAUUAUUACUAAGUAGAGAUGGAGGUCUAUUGGCAUACAGUGGAUAUGGUGAUAAUGAUGCUCGAGUAACUGCAGCAAUAACAAGCAAUAUUUGGUCAGCAUAUGAAAAAAAUGGUAGAAGUGCAUUUAAAGAAGAUGAACUAGAAUUUAUUCUGAUGAAUUGUCAAAAUGGAAAGGUUGUCAUUACUGAAGUUGCUAAUUUAUUGCUGUGUUUGUAUGCCAAGGAAAAUGUUGGUUUUGGUUUGCUCAGAGAAAAAGCUCAAGCACUUUCAAAGUAUCUUGAACAACCAUUAAAAAUAAUUGCCAAGCUCAAAAACGCAUGAAUGGUGAAAACGUGUUUGAUUCUAAAAUAACUGUGAAGUUUUUAAAAGAUAAAGAAAAUCGUCGAGCUCAAGAAAACUUGAGUUAGGAUUUAGCAAGUGAAUCUGAAACGGCCACUGUCUCACCAGUACAAAUGUACGGCGUAAAUUCGUCAUCAGCUGGUGUUGCAGGAAGUAUUCCUAGCACACCACAUUGUCACUUAUCAUCACCAGUUGUUGGUGAAUUUUCUUGCAAUUAUUGUCACAGCAUUCCUUCACCAGCUGAUAUGAUGCCACCAGCACAAAUGUUUGGAGACGGAAAUUGUCAUUCAAGU